AGUUCAAAACCUGUUAGGAAAGUGAAAAAAUGAAUUUUUUAUAUUCAACAAAUUCAAAAACUCCGUAAACAAUUUAUUUUUUAUAUGAAAAUUGUAAACUGACAUACAAAGAUUAUAUACAUAUAAAUGACCUUGAAACCAGCUAACAAAAAUGAAUUUGUACUUUGAUCUAAAAUGUGAAAUUGAUACAAUAUGAUCUUUGUUCUGAUCUUUAUAAACUAAAGUUUCUUAAAAACACAAUUAGUAAUUUAUAUACACAUUAAAGAAUGGUACAUAAUAUGUAAGUUUUGAUAUAAUAUAUAAUAUACAUAUAGGUUAUGUAAUGAAAUUAAAAAUAUGUGUAUAUACAUUGUAAAAAUCGUUAUUUGAAUCAGAACACCUUGCUAUUUGUAAAUAUAAAUAUUCAAAAUAUAGAACAACAAACUAAAAUGUUCUUAUUAAUUACUGGUGAUAUCUUUUCCAUAUGGUUCCAUAUUGUUACUUAUCCUCUAAAUUAUUAUCAGAAGCAAUCAGAUGCCUUACAAAUAUAUCCAUGCCGAUUCCAAGUUUACUGAUUGGCAAAAAGAUUUUUAUGAACAAAAUGGAUACAUUAUUAUAAAAGAUAACAUAAACUAUGAAUUAAUAGAUGAACUAAAUCAAAGAUUUAUUGAUAUUUGUGAAGGAAAUGCAGAGGAUGCAAAAUGCCAGAUUAUAAAAGACCCAAUACUCAAGAAAAAAGGAGCCAAAGGAGAAUUUGUUGUGAAUAAGCUACAAGAAAUUACCUAUGAUCCGAUUUUAAGCAAAUAUUCUUCAGAGAAAAGCCUUCUAGAUGUCGUAGAGAAUAUCAUAGGACCAAAUAUAACGGCUGUACAUUCUAUGCUUAUUAAUAAGCCUCCAGAUAGUGAACCUGACAUUUCAAAGCAUCCCCUACAUCAAGAUCUGCAUUACUUUCCAUUUAGACCAGCCCAUAAAAUUGUAGGUUCAUGGACCGCAAUGCAGAAAGUCGACGAAUCCAAUGGUUGUUUAUAUGUUGUACCAGGCUCUCACAAAAGUCCUCUUUAUAAACAUGAAUAUCCUAAGGGUUCCAAUAAUGCUUUGUAUCAUGGAAUUACGGGAAAAGAACAUCUACCUAGGAAAUUGGUGAUUUUAGAAAAAGGUGAUACUGUUUUCUUCCAUCCUUUGAUCUUACAUGGAUCAGGUCCAAAUAUGACAAAAAAUUUCAGAAGAGCCAUAUCAGUACAUUUUGCAGACUCUAAUUGUCAAUUUAUUAAUGUUGCUGGAACUGUUCAAGAAAAUAUUAAAAAAGAAGUAGAAGAUAUUUUACGACAUCGAGGAAUAGAGUUAUCAUUUGAGGAUGGCUGGAAAAUGAAAAGCAAACUGAUAAAGGGUCCAGCAGGAAAUUUUCAAAGAUUUGAAAGUCAUUUGUAAUACAUCUACAGUUUAGUAUAGUUGGGGUCAUGGAAGUUUAUUUUUAAUACAUAUUGUUGAACAAAUAUUGUUAAAAUAGACGAAAAAUCAA